GCCCGGCGGUCCGCCUCAUUCGCUGAGCAGGUCCCUGAAUUGUCAACGCGUUCCGGGCGGCUGCUGAGCCGGGGCGCCCGCCGGGCUUGUUGUGCUCCCUCGGAGGUGCCUGUCCGAACCGAUGUGCGGGGUUCGCUAGGGCGAGAACAGGCGCCGGUUCGGGGCAACUUGGGAUUCAGGACCCGCAGCAGGGGCGUCGGUUUGGGAUCCGGACUCAGCGAGGAGGAUGGAAAUCCUGUAUGAAUGUGGAAGCCAUUAGCAGAGUAAUUGCCGUCUGUUACCAUGACAACCAGCCGCUGCAGUCACCUGCCCGAAGUGCUGCCAGACUGCACCAGCUCGGCUGCGCCCGUGGUGAAGACCGUGGAGGAUUGUGGCAGCCUAGUGAAUGGGCAGCCGCAGUAUGUCAUGCAAGUUUCGGCCAAGGACGGGCAGCUGCUGUCAACAGUGGUGCGGACUCUUGCCACCCAGAGCCCCUUCAAUGACCGGCCGAUGUGCAGGAUCUGCCAUGAGGGCAGCAGCCAAGAGGACUUGCUUUCCCCCUGCGAAUGCACGGGGACCUUGGGGACAAUUCAUCGGAGCUGCCUGGAGCACUGGCUGUCGUCCUCAAACACCAGCUACUGUGAACUCUGCCACUUCAGGUUUGCAGUCGAGCGCAAACCCAGGCCGUUAGUGGAGUGGCUCCGAAACCCAGGCCCCCAGCACGAGAAGCGGACUCUGUUUGGAGACAUGGUGUGCUUCUUGUUCAUCACGCCGCUGGCCACCAUCUCGGGCUGGCUCUGCCUGCGGGGCGCCGUGGACCACCUGCACUUUAGUAGUCGGCUGGAGGCCGUCGGACUGAUUGCACUCACUGUGGCACUCUUCACUAUUUACCUCUUUUGGACACUCGUGUCAUUUAGGUAUCACUGUCGAUUGUACAACGAAUGGCGUCGGACCAAUCAGAGAGUGAUUCUCCUCAUCCCAAAGUCUGUCAGCGUCCCCUCUAACCAGCAGUCCCUGCUGGGCCUCCACUCUGUCAAGAGGAACUCAAAGGAGACCAUUGUCUGACAUCCGUGUGGCUGGUUGGUUGACUCGUUUGGGGUUCCGGAAGUUUCUGCACUGGGGCCAUGCACUGAGCCACCCCCAAACCCUUCCUGAAGCCGUGGGUCUCGGGACAUCUGGAGUCGUGGGAGCACCGCGCCCCUAGCACCGGACUCGCCCCAAAGAACACAAAAGCCGUUUCACUUGGAAUCAUGGAUGCUGCAAUCACGUGAUACUCGCCGAGCUGCCAGACAUGCUUACCGAGCAGAUACUAUAUGGAGUUUCCCGAACACCCGUUUAACAGAGGAGGAAGUUUGUCCUGCGGAUGAUGCAAUUCAAUGCUUCCUUUUUUAUUACUAUUUCAAAUAUAUAUAUAUAGAUAUAUAUUAAAGUCAGAUGAUAAUCACCAUGGAAAAGCCGAUGUUAAAACUGGUUUCUUGGUUUGGACGCGGUUGGUUUUGGGUGAGCGUAUUUGUUUCCCGGUUUCUACUGUAGAUUCUUUGGGGUAAUUUGAUAACCUGAGUGGUCUUUUUUCAUCUCCUUCUUCACUCUUACUCAAGGGGACAGCGUAACAACUGCAGAACAAGGCAUAUCUGAAGGACGUUUUGUACUAAACUUCAUUUAUUCCGUUUUUAAAGCGGGGGGGGGGGAUGGCGUGGCGACUCUCCCGACAGUGGGCUGUUUAUUUAAAUUUCAUUAGGAGAAAAAAAAAUUAUGGUGAGAAGCACGCUCCUUUCGACUUGUUUGGUACUGCCAGCUGAUAAAAACUAUUUUCUAAUAAUAAAUAUCCAGUGUGUGAAAG